AUGUUGGACGGGGGGGGGCGGCCGGGCGGGAUUGGUCAGCGGCCGGCCAAUGGCGGCCCCGGGCAGGCCCGCUUGGCCCCGCCCCGGGCGCGGGGGGAGGUUGGUCGUCGCGCCCCUGCCGAGCGCGGAGGGGCCCCCAGCGCGUCCCUGGCCGGGCCCGGGCGAAGCAUGGCGCUGCUGGGCGCGCUGCUCUGCCUGCUGCACGCCGCCGCCGCCCUGCCGCGCUCGCAGCUGGCGCCCUUCGGGCCGCUCCGCGGGGACCGGCCGCUGCCCGACGGCGACGACGAGACCGCGGGCGCGCUGGCCCUGGCCGCCCCGCUGCCCUUCUACGAGAGCCGCUUCGGCCAGCUCUACGUUGGGACCAACGGGAUCAUUUCCACCCAGGACUUCCCCAGGGAGACCCAGUAUGUAGAUGAUGAUUUCCCGACGGACUUCCCCGCCAUCGCGCCGUUCUUGGCUGACAUUGACACCAGUGGUGGGAAAGGCAAAAUCUACUACCGCCAAGAUGAGUCCCGGGAGGUGCUGGAUCAGGCCGCUCGGCUGAUCGAGGCUGGGUUUCCUAGUGCUGCCGGCUUCGUCCCCCGCCAUGCUUUUGUGGCUACCUGGGAGAAUGUGGGGGCUUAUGAAGAGGUCACCCGGAACGCAGAGCCUUCCAGACAGUGCAACACCUUCCAGGCAAUCUUAGCCUACACCGAUUUGGAAGCCUACGCCCUCUUCCUUUAUCCCGAUGACGGGAUCCAGUUUGUUGGAACGCGACCGAAAGAAUCGUACAACGUCAACUUAGAACUCCCGGCCCGAGUGGGCUUCAGCAGAGGGGAUUUUCAGAAGCGGGAAGGCCCCUACUACAGCGUAACCAGUAGCGAGCAAUCCGUCAAAAACCUCUACCAGAUGGGCAACUCAGGAAUCCCCGGUGUGUGGGUCUUCCAUAUCGGCAGUAGCUCCCAACUGAGGAAUGUGAUUCCAGCAACAGCUGGCCAGAAACCACCGUCUUCGUCUUUUGAAGGGCAUUUAUCAAGACCCCCAGAAAGCAGCGUUGUCGACCAAAACAUCUUGGAGGCGGAGUAUUCCGAUGCAAACAUCGAUUACGCCGAGUCCUUCUACAACGGAAACGAAGACGACUUUGAGUACUUUCCUGUUGAGCCCACCGAACCAGCGGCAGACCCGGAAACAAGAUCCGGCGAUCUGUUAAACCUCGAUGACCAACUUGAUUAUAACGAACCAAGGCAUUCUGGGGCUAGGCUGGAUUUGGAACUGGAGUCCUCGUUGCUAGAUCCAGCACCCAGCCGCCUCCCUACAUAUCCGGAACUGGAUUCCGUUACAUUGUACCCUGCAUUGCCACCCACGGCAUCUUCUGCAUCAGAAGGAAAAACUAGAACCCCGUCCUUGCCGGUAGUUAACGAGACCCUGAUUGAGGCAGUCACUGCCGUCCUGCUGUUUCAGCCUGACCGUCAGGAUACGCCAUCCCUGCCAGAAGUAGAAUGCGGCAUCUCAUCGGAAACGCCAAGCCUUCCCGUCUACCCAGAUAGGGAGGUUAUCCUCGAAAGCUUCCUGGAAAACAUCCCACCUUUUAGCGACAGGAGACGGGUUGUAGGUGUGGAUGAAGACGUCAGUUUUAACCCUGACGUGUUCACCUACAGCGCUGCCAACGUGGAAACUUGCGAGCGUCACCACGUCCAGUGCUCCCAGCAUGCCUUCUGCACGGACUACAGCACUGGGUUCUGCUGCCACUGCCAGGCCAAGUUCUACGGGAAUGGCAAGCAUUGCUUACCAGAAGGCGCCGCUCAUCGUCUCAACGGUAAAGUAAGUGGGAAUCUCCUGGUGGGACAGACGCCCGUGAAGUUCAGCAAUGUCGACCUGCACGCCUACAUUGUGGGAAACGACGGGCGAGCCUACACCGCCAUCAGCCACAUUCCGCAGCUGGCUGCCCGGUCGCUGAUGCCCUUGGCGCCAAUCGGGGGCCUCUUUGGCUGGCUUUUCGCUCUGGAGAAACCUGACUAUGAAAACGGCUUCAGUAUCACUGGUGCUCAAUUCACUCACAGCUUUGAAGCCACUUUCUACCCGGGAGAGGAAAAGGUUUUUGUCCAGCAAACAGCUGAUGGUCUGGAUGCAGAAAACUACCUCAGCGUUAAGACUGACAUUCAAGGGCAGGUGCCUUCUAUUCCAGAGGAUUUUACAGUCCAUAUUGCACCUUACAAGGAGAUCUACCACUACUCAGAUUCCGUUGUGACAUCCACAUCUUACCGGGAGUAUUCCCUCAUUUCUGGGAGCGUCAAUCAAACCUUUUCCUACCGCCUGUUUCAGAAUAUAACAUACCAGAGCUGCCCACAUGCACACCACCACAGGACAGUCUCUGCCUCUCAGCAGCUGACAGUGGACCGGAUUUUUGCUUUGUAUAAUGAGGAGGAGAGGGCGCUGCGCUACGCUGUCACCAACCAGAUUGGAUCUCUAGCAGAUGAUUCUGUCCCGACCACGGUGAACCCAUGCUAUGAUGGCACCCACUCGUGCGACACAACGGCACGCUGCCAGGCAGGCUCUGGUCUGGAUUAUACCUGCGAGUGCACAACUGGUUACUGGGGUGAUGGCAAAGAUUGUACAGACAUCAACGAAUGUGCCGAGGGCAGCAGCAGAUGCAGCCGAGAGUCGGUGUGUGUGAAUACCGUAGGCAGCUAUCGGUGUGAGUGCCCCAACGGAUUCCAGCUUGCAGCCGACCGAGUCAGUUGCCUAGCCCCGCCAUCCAAUCCUUGUGAGGAAGGCACUCAUACCUGCGCCUCGGCAGAUCGGGCACGGUGCGUGUAUCACGGGGGCAGCUCAUUCAGUUGCACGUGCCUUACUGGGUAUGCUGGCAAUGGACACAACUGCACAGACGUGGACGAAUGCGCGGAAGGGAGGUGUCACCAAGCAGCCGACUGCUCCAAUUCUCCGGGCUCCUUCUCCUGCCGCUGCCGGGCUGGCUACGAAGGGGAUGGCUUCUUGUGCUCGCCAGUGAAUGUACAGAGAAUGACCCGCUGUGAACACGAGCGACUUUAUUCAAGCCAGCGUGGUCCCCCCAUUCCCGGAGGCCCCCAUGUACCUCAGUGCGAUGACCAAGGGAACUACAGGCCACUUCAGUGCCACAGUAGUACUGGGGAGUGCUGGUGUGUUGACGUAGAUGGUCGGGAAGUUGCUGGGAGCCGGACACCACCAGGCACCUCCUCGCCAUCCUGCAGGGCUCCAGAGCCAACACAGAGGCCGCAGACCAUGUGCGAACGCUGGCGGCAGAGCCUCCUGGAGCACUACGGCGGCAGCCCGCGCGACGACCAGUACGUGCCCCAGUGUGACGCUCUGGGCAACUUUAACCCACUCCAGUGCCACGGGAACAGUGGCUACUGCUGGUGCGUGGACGACAAAGGCCGCGAGGUUCAAGGCACGAGAUCAGAGCCCGGUGCCCCCCCUCCAUGCCUCCCAAGUAUCGCCCCUCCAACUGUCCGUCCGUCUCCGCGACCGGAUGUUGUUCCUCCUGCUGCUGGGACGUUCCUGCUGUAUGCUCAGGGACAGCAAAUUGGCUAUUUGCCCUUGAACGGGACCAAGCUUAAUGAGGAAGCAGCGAAAACUCUUCUCUCUCUGCAUGGCUCGAUUGUGGUGGGGAUUGACUUUGACUGCAGGGAGAAAAUGCUGUACUGGACAGACGUCGCAGGGAGAACAAUCAGCCGGGCGAGCCUCGAGCAGGGAGCGGAGCCAGAAGCUGUGAUCAACACUGGGCUGAUCAGUCCAGAAGGCCUCACUAUUGACCACCUCCGAAGAACCAUGUUUUGGACGGACAGUGGCUUGGACAAGAUUGAGAGCGCCAGACUGGAUGGCUCGGAGCGCCGCGUUCUCUUUGCCACUGACCUCGUCAACCCUCGUGCCAUUGCCGUGGACCCCAUCCGUGGCAAUCUUUACUGGACGGACUGGAAUCGCGAAGCCCCCAAAAUCGAGACGUCCACUGUGACCGGAGAACACAGACGGAUUUUGAUCAACAAAGACAUCGGGCUGCCCAACGGCUUAACCUUUGACCCCUUUUCCAAAUUGAUCUGUUGGGCGGAUGCAGGAACCAAGAAACUGGAGUGUGCCCUACCCGACGGAACAGGAAGGCGCGUCAUUCAGGAUAACCUCAACUACCCCUUCAGCCUUGUUGGCUAUGCCAAUCACUUCUACCACACGGAUUGGAGAAGGGAUGGCGUUAUAGCUGUGAACAAAGACAACAGUGCUUUUACGGGUGAAUAUCUUCCUGAACAGCGGACGCACCUCUAUGGGAUAACAGCAGUCCACCCAUACUGCCCGGGAGGAAGGAAAUAAGCUACUGGCGUGUGGAGGGAAGAACGUCCCCUUGUGACCAGCGGAAGGACAGUCACAGCCCUUGCUAACCUUGUACAUAAUGUAAAAGUUCCCUCUCUCUACAGCAGGGCAGCCAGUGACACGCACGGAAGGGAAUUAAGCCGUUUAAUUUAGAGCAAAAUUACCCAUUAUUUUUAAGUUAUACCUCACAUUUUUGCUACUGUAUUUUUUUUUUUUUACAAAACAAAAAUGUUUUUAUGUAUUGCGAAGAAGAAAUGGUGCUAGGAGCGAUGGAGCUGGUAAUACUCUUUUGCUAAUGAGAGUUACUUUGUUCAAAAAGAGACCAUAUAAACAUAUCCUUACUCCAUUGUUUA